AGGGCCGGACCUGCACGGGGAGGAGGAGGAGGCUCACAUCAGUCCGCAGGUCACCAUCACCUCCUCCUCCUCUUCCUCACUAACUCUCGGCUCGGCUCGGCACGCUUCCACCUGGCGCAGCGCGCAGACACUCAGACGGGGACAGGACCGGGAGGCCAGGAGACCCGGAGGAGAAGACCCGGAGCGGGACCUGCAGGAUCCGCGAUCGGGCCGCGGGCUCCCGACAUGCUGGGCACGGUGAAGAUGGAAGGCCACGAAGCUCCGGACUGGAGCGGAUACUACAGCGAGGAGGUCUACUCCCCAAUGGCCAGCGGUGGGAUGGGUUCUGGUCUGGGGAUGGGCUCCAUGUCCGGCUACAUGUCGAGCACCGGGACCACGUCAGGUUCCUUCAACAUGUCCUAUAGCGGCACUUGUCUCAGCCCUGCCCCUGUAGGAGCAAUGGGGAGCUCUGCUCCGGCGGCCAUGACGGGGCUGGGUGGGGGAGUGGCAUCGAUGGGCGGGGCCUUGAGCCCAUCUGGGAUGGGUUCGGUGUCGGCCCAGCAGGCCUCGAUGGGCCUAAACCCGUACGGCGCCAUGAGCCCCAGCAUGAGCCCCGGCAUGGCGUACGGCGGAGGGGGACUGAACCGAGCCCGGGACAACAAGGCGUUCAGACGGAGCUACCCGCACGCCAAGCCUCCAUACUCCUACAUCUCCCUCAUCACCAUGGCGAUCCAGCAGGCGCCCAGUAAGAUGCUGACGCUAAGCGAAAUCUACCAGUGGAUCAUGGACCUGUUCCCAUACUACCGACAGAACCAGCAGCGUUGGCAGAACUCCAUCCGCCACUCGCUGUCCUUCAACGACUGCUUCGUGAAGGUGUCGCGCUCGCCAGACAAACCGGGGAAGGGCUCGUACUGGACCCUGCACCCGGACUCUGGGAACAUGUUUGAGAACGGCUGCUACCUGCGUCGCCAGAAGAGGUUCAAGUGCGAGAAGAAGAUGUCGGCCAAGUCAGACGGCAGGAAAGAGCAGGGGGGCAGCAGCGGAGGCGGGUCUGCGUCUCCCGCAGGGGAUGCCCUCAAAACUCCGGGACUCCUAGACUCCUCGCUGCCCUCCUCCAGCCAGGCAGCUUCGUCCCCCGGGCUGGACCUGCGGGGAGGCAUGGGCGGGCCAUCUGACCUGAAGGUGUCCGGCGCCCAGCUCCUUUCCUCGCUGUCACUGCCCCCCCACUCCAUGGCUCACGAGUCGCAGCUCCAUAUCAAAGGAGACCCGCACUACUCCUUCAACCAUCCGUUCUCCAUCAACAACCUGAUGUCGUCCUCGGAGCAGCAGCACAAACUGGACCUGAAGGCCUACGAGGCCCUGCAGUACUCCUCCUACAACACCGGGGCAGGGUCCGGCCUCGGGGGGAGGACCAUGGAGCCACUGGAGGCUUCCUACUACCAAGGGGUCUACCCCAGACCACUCCUCAACACCUCAUAGUAGCUGCUGCACCUCCUGUUGGACUCUCUGCAUGCAGCCGUCAUAGACUUCCUGUUGGACUGAGACGGACUUCUGAACUCCUGCACUGUGACCGAACCGGGACGCCAACAGACACGAUGAGACUGACCCCAGGUCUGUGAUCUGCUUUUACACACGAGUCACAAAUGAUCUGAGGUACAAAAACAACAACCGGGUCAGACUUGAACCUGAGUCCAGAUUGUGAUCCACCUGAAGAACCCUGGAAGUUAAACCACAGGGUUCUGCUAGGAGGUGGAGCCCGGGAGUCCUGGUUCUGAGUCUGAUCCUGGUUUGGUUGGGGACACAGAGAAAUCCAGUACUGCAAAACCAGCGUCAUUGGACCCGUUCAAUACUCAAUUCCUACCGGUGUGACCAGACUUCCUUCAAAUAUCAGCAAUGUCAGUCUGCAUGUAGGCAAAGCCAUACCAAACUUGAUUCAAGUUUUACGUAAUUUAAUGUUAGUUUUCAUGGAGGCAAAUUCUGUGAGUUUAAAGUGUGAAGACCUUUAGGUUUCUCUGAUCCAGGUCAGAGACUCGGUUCUUUAAGAACUCGGGCAGAACUCUCUGCUGUCUCUGAGAUCCUGGUCAGCAGCACACAUUAACCUUUGACUGACCUUUCACCCUCAAGUGUGACCGAACAUGGCUGUUUGGGCUCAGGCAUCCGUGAAACUGUUGGUGUCCCUCAGAGGGCCAUGAGCCGCAGGUUGAGCCACAGUGGUUUGGAGUCCUGCUUAGAGCAAGGUCAAAGGUCAUACUGCAGAUGUUUACAAACACAUUGAUGAUCAGGACUCGUCUUUCUGAUCAGGAUUUAUUUCUCCCACGACCUUGUCUGCUCCUCCGCUGACCUCUGGCAGGAUCGCGCGGCCCAGCCUGAGAACCUGCCGCUCAGAUUAAAGGCUUUUCAUUUAAAGGAUAAUUUCACCCCAAAAACAGUCCCGCUCUGCCAUGCUCACCACACUCUCCUCGCCGCCGUUUGGGCAGUUUUUGAUUGGCUUCAGAGCUGGAGGAAGCACUCAGUCAGGAAAAGUGUUCAGAAUAUUGAAGCUAAAGUACUCUGACGUAGCUGUUACUCACAGAGAAAAUUAAAAUAUUUGUAGUCAUUAAAAGUUUAUAAAGAUAAAUAAAUUUCCUGAUACAGCAGCUUCAGCUUCUGUUUUAAACAAAACAUUCAUCUUAACAGGGUCGCGGAGCAGGAACAGCACGACGACAUGUCCGAUUUUCAGAUCGAAUGCAAACAAGUUCAUUUGACUUCCUGUGAGGCUGAAAAUUAAAGACUGCAGAACCCGAGGAGCAGAGUGAGGGUCACACAACAUUCACACACAGAUGAGGCUGAAGCUGCUUUCAGGGUUUCGGUACUUUUACUCGAGUAACUUCAUUCUGAGUACUUUUACUUGACAAACUUCAGACGUUUAUGUGCCGCUGCAGCUAAUGACUGGAACUUUUUUUUUUAGUGAUCUAACAGUUUAUAGACGUGCAGCUGAGACGAUCGAUCAGUGAUUUGAUUAUUGAUGUUUUUCACUGAAAAAUAUUUGCUGCUUUUCUUUUUAAGUUUGAGGAAAUAUUUUAAAAACCAAACAACAGCAGCACUUUAAAACAAGCUCGACAGAAACAAGAAACAAACCCGAUAAUAUACAUCAAUAAUUAGAGAGUAGUUUUACUCUGAUUACUGUUAGUAUUCAGUGUAACUCAAAUUGGUUAUGAUUUUCAGGUAUAAAAUCAAACGAGUUUGAGGUGAAUGAAAAAAUCAAAACAAAAAAGAAUCGUUAAUCGACAGUAAACUAUCUUCUUCUCACAGGGUUAAAGCACCUGCGUCAUGUGACCAACAGAAAACCACCUGAUCCAUUUUAUCCAAUCACAAACUAACAACAUAAACCUGAAUUACAUCAUAACUCGUCGUUAUUGUUAUUUAAUGGUUUGUUUGGGGUGGAAUAACCUUUAUUAAAUUUUAAUUCAUGGCCACUUCAUCGUUUGUCACUUAGUUUCAAACUGGAGUUAAACUUUCAAAGUAAGUUCAUUGCAAGAAGCUUCAAAAUAGGAGCGUGGAGUGUUGGAGCACUUCCUGCAUCUCUGCGUCCAUGUCGGUUCUGAGCAUGCUCUGUAGCUCUUUCUUGGCCUCACCUGUGUUUUAGCGCUACCCCCGACGUGACCGGAGACACGAGGCCGCUGGAAGUCUGCCAGCGGUGCCCUCCAUGCCACACUGUGAGGAGAGUAGUUGUUGUGACAUCACAGCCUGGGAUGAAGGGCGUGGCGUUCUGUGGCUGAGGUGUGGGGGUCACUUCCUGCUCGCUAGUUUAACCACUUGAGGAAACUAAGAAACGACGGCACCUGCAGCAGAGCAUGCUGGGAGUCUACAUCUGCACCAAACGCUGAAAACUCAGGUCACAUGACCUCUGGCACAUAAACAGGAAGCAGAGAGACUCAUGAGGCCGAUCAAUAAUCAAUAACUGAUCGAGUGUUGGCGUCAUCCUCCAAUCAGUCGAUCGAUGAUCUGAUCGAUCGGUGACUCUGUGUGUAAAAGCAACAUCACUUCCUGUCUGUGUAUUUAACCCAUCACGAUUAUUGAUUAUUGAUUAUUACCAUGUGCAUGAAUGAAGUGGGAGGUCUUCUUCUUCUCCUUCUGUCGCGUCCUCGUCGCGUGUUUGUUCUUCGUUGGUUUUGAUGCAUGUUUUAACUUAUUCUGUCAUUUUCAAAUAAAAACAGGGAACGCUGCAGGCUGAUCGGGUUAUUGAUUGCUGAUCAAUUCAGACGUGUUUCAUUUAUCGAUCAUUUCCGUUACUGAUUACAAAAAAGACAGGUGUUGGAAUCAGCUGAUAAUCGAUCAAUAAAUGUCUCUGCUGUCCUGUAAAAACCACGUAUCUCGCUCAGAGAACUGAUUUAAUUAUCAGGAGAACAAAAUUACUGAUCACUUAUGACUAAUCAAUCACGUGCAGCAGUCAAUAACGAUCAGCUGAUAACAGCAGAAUAAUGAGAACUGAAUCGAUAAAGUAUCAGUAAAUUCAUUGAUCUUCGAUAAGCUGAGGACAGAAGAACAUUUUCAAUAAAAACAUUGAGAAGAACGAUCUGAUUUUUACUGGUUUUAAUUUUGUCUAUUUGAUUUCAUUUAAUCGAGAAUUUUUUUUCCAAUAAUCGUCAGUUUCAGCAAAAACAAAGAGAACGAUGACUCGAAAACUCGUCCAUCACUCACUGUG